GGAGGCAGGUGUGGGGCUGUGGAGAGAUUGGCAGGGGAGAGCACAGCCGCUUGUGCUCUGGCCUGGACUGAGGGGCCACGUCUGGAAGGUUGGACUGAGGCCAGGACUGUGCCCCCACCCUUGGGGGUGGUAAGGAGCAGCCUUGGCUCAGGCUGCCUGCCAGGGCUGAUAAGGGGCCCUCCUGGGGCUCCCGCAAACGGUUUAUCGGUUUAUCGCUGGGGGACAGCCUGCAGGCUUCAGGAGGGGGCACAAGCAUGGAGCGGCUUUGGGGUCUACUCCAGAGAGCGCAACAACUGUCCCCAAGAUCCUCUCAGACCGUCUACCAGCGUGUGGAAGGCCCCUGGAAAGGGCACCUGGAGGAGGAAGAGGAAGACGGGGAGGAGACACUGGCCCACUUCUGCCCCAUGGAGCUGAAGGGCCCUGAGCCCCUGGGCUCUAGACCCAGGCAGCCAAACCUCAUUCCCUGGGCAGCAGCAGGACGGAGGGCUGCCCCCUACCUGGUCCUGACGGCUCUACUGAUCUUCACUGGGGCCUUCCUUCUGGGCUACGUCGCCUUCCGAGGGUCCUGCCAGGCAUGCGGAGACUCCGUGUUGGUGGUCAGUGAGGAUGUCAACUAUGAGCCUGACCUGGAUUUCCACCGGGGCACACUGUACUGGAGCGACCUCCAGGCCAUGUUCCUGCAGUUCCUGGGGGAGGGGCGCCUGGAGGAUACCAUCAGGGAAACCAGCCUUCGGGAACGGGUGGCAGGCUCGGCCGGGAUGGCCGCUCUGACUCAGGAUAUCCGCGCGGCGCUCUCCCGCCAGAAGCUGGACCACGUGUGGACCGACACGCACUACGUGGGGCUGCAAUUCCCGGACCCGGCUCACCCCAACACCCUGCACUGGGUCGAUGAGGCCGGGAAGGUCGGAGAGCAGCUGCCGCUGGAGGACCCUGACGUCUACUGCCCCUACAGCGCCAUCGGCAACGUCACGGGAGAGCUGGUGUACGCCCACUACGGGCGGCCGGAAGACCUGCAGGACCUGCGGGCCAGGGGCGUGGACCCAGCGGGCCGCCUGCUGCUAGUGCGCGUGGGGGUGAUCAGCUUCGCCCAGAAGGAGUCUUUUAGUCACCUUCCUCCCCAGGUGACCAAUGCUCAGGACUUCGGGGCUCAAGGAGUGCUCAUAUACCCAGAGCCAGCGGACUUCUCCCAGGACCCACACAAGCCAAGCCUGUCCAGCCAGCAGGCUGUGUAUGGACAUGUGCACCUGGGAACUGGAGACCCCUACACGCCUGGCUUCCCUUCCUUCAAUCAAACCCAGUUCCCUCCAGUUGCAUCAUCGGGCCUUCCCAGCAUCCCAGCCCAGCCCAUCAGCGCAGACAUUGCCUCCCGCCUGCUGAGGAAGCUCAAAGGCCCUGUGGCUCCCCAGGAAUGGCAGGGGAGCCUCCUAGGCUCCCCUUAUCACCUGGGCCCCGGGCCAGGACUGCGGCUAGUGGUCAACAACCACAGGACCUCCACCCCCAUCAACAACAUCUUUGGCUGCAUCGAAGGCCGCUCAGAGCCAGAUCACUAUGUUGUCAUCGGGGCCCAGAGGGAUGCGUGGGGCCCAGGAGCAGCUAAAUCCGCUGUGGGGACGGCUAUACUCCUGGAGCUGGUGCGGACCUUUUCCUCCAUGGUGAGCAACGGCUUCCGGCCCCGCAGAAGUCUCCUCUUCAUCAGCUGGGAUGGCGGUGACUUUGGGAGCGUGGGCUCCACAGAGUGGCUAGAGGGCUACCUCAGCGUGCUGCACCUCAAAGCCGUAGUGUACGUGAGCCUGGACAACGCAGUGCUGGGGGAUGACAAGUUUCAUGCCAAGACCAGUCCCCUUCUGACAAGUCUCAUUGAGAGUGUCCUGAAGCAGGUGGAUUCUCCCAACCACAGCGGGCAGACUCUCUAUGAACAGGUGGUGUUCACCAAUCCCAGCUGGGAUGCUGAGGUGAUUCGGCCGCUACCCAUGGACAGCAGUGCUUAUUCCUUCACGGCCUUUGUGGGAGUCCCUGCCGUCGAGUUCUCUUUCAUGGAGGACGACCAGGCCUACCCGUUCCUGCACACAAAGGAGGACACUUAUGAGAAUCUGCAUAAGGUGCUGCAAGGCCGCCUGCCCGCCGUGGCCCAGGCCGUGGCCCAGCUCGCAGGGCAGCUCCUCAUCCGGCUCAGCCAUGAUCGCCUGCUGCCCCUCGACUUCGGCCGCUACGGGGACGUCGUGCUUAGGCACAUCGGGAACCUCAACGAGUUCUCCGGGGACCUCAAGGCCCGAGGGCUGACCCUGCAGUGGGUGUACUCGGCGCGGGGGGACUACAUCCGGGCGGCGGAGAAGCUGCGGCAGGAGAUCUACAGCUCGGAGGAGAGAGACGAGCGACUGACACGCAUGUACAACGUGCGCAUAAUGCGGGUGGAGUUCUACUUCCUUUCCCAGUACGUGUCGCCGGCCGACUCCCCGUUCCGCCACAUCUUCAUGGGCCGCGGAGACCACACGCUGGGCGCCCUGCUGGACCACCUGCGGCUGCUGCGCUCCAACAGCUCCGGGACCCCUGGGGCCACCUCCUCCGCCGUCUUCCAGGAGAGUCGCUUCCGGCGUCAGCUAGCCCUGCUCACCUGGACGCUGCAAGGGGCAGCCAAUGCGCUUAGCGGGGACGUCUGGAACAUUGAUAACAGCUUCUGAGACCCUGGGGAUCCUCAGAUCCCCCUGUCCCCUUGUCGAGAGCUCCUCUGCUCCUCACUUGAAUGAUUCAGGGUCAGGGAGGUGGCUCAGAGUCCACCUCUCAUUGCUGAUCGAUUUCUCAUUACCCCUACACGUCUCUCCACGGAGCCCAGACUGCAGCACAGAUAUCCACACACCCCAGCCCUGCAGUGUAGCUGACUCUAAUGUGAUGGUCAUACUGUCAGUUAAUCAGGGAGCAGCAUCCCUUCAAUCACAACCCCUUCCCCUUUCUGGGGUCCUCCAUACCUAGAGACUAGGCCUUGGGACCUGGCCAGCUCUCUUAGUGGGAGAGAUCGCUGGCACCACAGCCUUAUGGCCAACAGGUGGUCUGUGGUGAAAGGGGCAUGGAGUUUCAAUGUCAAUAAACCACCUGAUGUCAAUAAA